AUGUGCUCUUUACUUACCUUCGACGUAUCCGCUGCGCAGAGUGCGGCCCCUCAACAACAACAUAUUGCCGACGACCUCCUGCUUGGUGGAGAUGUGGACGUGUCGGAAUUGUUGCGAUGCGAUGAUACAGGGUCCCCUUUCAGCUGGGAGAGGGACAGCAGUUCCGGCGGUGUUUUCGGCGGAGACCCGAACAGCACGGAUCAGAUUCCCUUCUCGCUUUCCCUCGCCCCUUGCGCCCAGGACCCUUUCAUGCGCGGCAACAAUCUCCAUCUCAUGCCUAGCCCAGAUUUCAGCGGGAGUCCUCUCUUUAGCCCUAACCCCGAGGCUGAAGACGCCAGCUCCAUCUCCCCUGCGCUCCCCGACAUCCAACUUCAUCACCUCCAUCCAAAGCCAACGCGCCGACGCCUGCAUUACUACCACUGUUUUGAGCUCGGCUGCGAAGGUAAACAAUUUGCGUCGCUGGGGAACUUCAACCGCCACCAGAAGGAGAAGCACGGGCUGUCGAGACGGUAUGACUGCAAGCGAUGCGGGAAGUCGUUUACGCGAUCGACUGCUAGGAAGGAUGGUGGGGACCAGGCCUCCAUCUACGGCUGA